AUGUCUUUAGACCAGCCAAUAGAAAAGAGAGGGAGAAGAUCCUCACGUAUAGCACCGGAUCACGAAGAUUCGUUUUUCACUCCGAGUCCAAUGCAUUCUGAUAAGAACAUGAAAGUUCAGGAAUCAGAUAAAAGAAUUGAUUCACAACACAAUAAGGACGAAUCUGAUAUAUAUAUACCACCAUGGACCGAGCCUUAUAUUAUUGGGGUCGCUGGGAAUUCAGGAUCCGGGAAAACAUCAAUAUCACAGAAAGUUAUUCAAGAAUUGAAUCAACCGUGGACUGUUUUAUUAUCAUUUGAUAAUUUUUAUAAGCCAUUGACUCCAGAAGAAUCAGUAAAGGCUUUCAAAAAUGAGUUUGAUUUUGAUACACCAACAUCCUUAGAUUUAGAUUUAUUAGUUGAUACGGUUAAGAAUUUGAAAAAGGGUAAUAAGACCGAAAUCCCGGUGUAUUCUUUUGCUAAACAUGCAAGAACCGAUAAAAAAACCACCAUUUAUGGAGCCAAUGUUAUUAUCAUUGAAGGAAUUUAUGCAUUAUAUGAUCAAAGAUUAUUAGACUUGAUGGAUAUAAAAGUCUAUGUUGAUACGGAUUUAGAUAUCUGUUUGUCACGUAGAUUAACUAGAGAUAUUUUAUUUAGAGGACGUGAUUUAUCAGGAGCAAUGAAACAAUGGGAAACAUUUGUUAAACCUAAUGCAGUUAGGCACGUUAACCCAACCAUGAAUAACGCUGAUUUGAUUAUACCAAGAGGAUUAGAUAAUUUAACUGCCAUUAAUUUAAUGAUUAAACAUAUACAAAAACAAUUAAGUAUUAAAUCGACAUUACAUUUAAAAAGAUUGAAACAAUUAGGGAUUAGAAAAGAAUUUAAAAUUGAAGAUUUUGCUAAAAAUGUUACAGUUUUACCUAAUAAUAAUCAUACAAAGGGAAUUCAUUCGAUAUUAUUUAAUGAAAAUACUGAAAGAUCAGACUUUAUAUUUUAUUUUGAUCGUAUAUCGAUAUUAAUAAUUGAAAAUGCAAUUGAUCAAUUAACAAAUUAUGAACCAAUUACUAUAAAAACUGGUACUAAUUAUGAAUUUAAAGGUAUCAAACCUAAAGAAGAAGUUAUUGCAGUUAAUAUAAUUAGAUCAGGAGAUUGCUUUAUGAACUCAAUUAAAAAAACAUUCCCAGAAAUCACUAUUGGUAAAUUACUUAUACAAAGUGAUUCAUUAACUGGAGAACCACAACUUCAUACUGAGUCAUUACCUAAAAGAAUAGAUUUAAUACCAAAUAAGAAAUUUUUCUUAUUUGAUGCUCAAAUUAUAAGUGGAGCUGCUGCUAUUAUGGCAAUUCAAGUUUUAAUUGACCAUAAAACUAAUCCUUGUGAUAUAGUAUUAUGCUCUUACUUAUGUACCGAAAUUGGAUUAAGGAGGAUUUUAAAUGUUUUUCCUAAAGUUAAUAUAGUAAUUGGUAAAUUAAGUUCAAUUGAUGAAGAAUCUAACUCUACUAAUAAUAAUGAAAAGAAAUGGUAUAAUGAGGAAGGAUUUAAAGAUACUGAUUGGCAUUUCAGAACUCGUUUUAUUGACUCGUUAUACUUUGGUACAGAAUGA